GAGCUGCUCAGGAUCGAACUCCUGGCGGUGAGCUGAAUUAACCUGCAAUACUGCAUUCUAAUCUUCACCACAAUUCAAUGCUGCCAGUUAAAUUGUGAAAUCUUUUCGUGAAUAGUCCAGCCUAGGUGCUAUCGGAUCUAACCAGCCAAUCCAGAAGUCUUCCAAUAGAAAGUGCGAGCAUUAAGAAAAAAAUGGUUGCAUUUCUACUAUCAUUGAAACAUAAAACUCUAGAUUUGGAAGAAACCAUAAGGAUUAUUUACUCACAAUUUAUAGAAGCACUAAUUAAACCAUCUAUCAAAGAUAGCUCUCCAGUCUUUUAUAAAACUCUUUAGAGAUGAACCCACAAAACCCAUAGGUAGAUUCUUCCACUGUUGCACAGAUCAUAUCAUCAAUAAUAUUUUUCUUAUAUUUAAACAAAAUCUAGGUAGCUGCAAUUUAUACCCAUUAUAAAUUGAGACUCUGGAAAAUAGCUCUUGAAUAUUUCCCCCGUAGCUUGCUUUACUCACAUUUACUGAAUGUGGCUAACAAAUCUCCUGUAUGGCUUUUUCUCUGCACACUGAAAUACCAAUGUUUCUUCAGUCUAAGAAACAAUAAACUUUCCCUGGGCUAUGUGAAAGCAUGAAAUAGUAUCAAGUUAAUCACCCUUAACCCUUUUAAAUUGGAUUCAAGUGUAUUUUUUAUGAGAAUAGUAAAUAUUAAAUCUAGGGUCUUCCUCAACUAGGGCCAGUAGUUUCCAAGUAAGAUGCAAACUCUAUGGUUGGAUGGAUACAUUUCAAUUAAGUGCUAAUUAGAUUACAUGCUGCUAUGUAGAUAAAAAGCAGUCACUCUCUACUUCCUUAUUACACACAUUCAAUUCUUACUUUUUCCUUUCAGAUGAAUGCUUUCUUUCUAAGAUUGAUUGAGGUGUCUUGAGUAGAACCAUGGGGAAUUCCCUUUACAAAUAAAGUUAUCCAGAGGAACGCCCAGCCCUACUUCCACCACCACCCUCCCACUUCUCAGGCUAGGACAAGGAUUCAGUCAGUGCUAUUUGUUUAACUGUAUUGUUCUACAACGUCAAUACUUGCAUUUGUCAGGAACUGGACCUGUCAGGCAAGAAACAUACCCCAGCAACUGAUUCAUGUAAAUGCAAAAUGCCUCCAUUCAACCAAGGAAACAAGAGCUUUUGAAAACUCGAGAAAGACUUUAUCCACUGCUUUCUCUGAUCUUCUGACAUGGGCUUACAAAAAUGCAGCGGCUGUUUGAGUUGCCUGUUGAUUCCUCUGGCACUGUGGAGUAUUGUUAUAAAUAUUCUCCUAUAUUUUCCUGAUGGGAAAUCUUCAUAUGCUUCCAGCAAUAAUCACACCAACUAUGUGUGGCAUUUUGAAGGAAUCUGUUUCUCAGGUAUUAUGAUUCUUAUUCUAGCAGCACUUCUGGUAAUUCUGGACCGGGAUACCUUUUUUGAAUGCUUCCAAAGUGAAAGCUGCACCAGAACAUAUAGACGUUUCAUUUCUGUUGUGCUUUCCCUACUAGGGAUUGCAUUCUCUGGCUACAGUCUGAUCAUAUCUGCUUUGAGCUUAGUGCAAGGCCCAUACUGCAAAACCUCAGCUGGCUGGGAAUAUGCUUUCAAAAGCACAGCAGGCAGUUACCUCAUGGAUCCUACUUCCUGGUCCAAAUGCACUGAGCCUGCUUAUGUAGUGGAUUGGAACAUCAUUUUGUUGUCUAUUCUGAUAGUUCUCAGUGGCCUCCAAAUCUUGAUCUGCCUUCUGAAAAUAAUUGCAGAAUUAAGGCAAAUCCUGUGUGGAAAUUAUCCCAUCUUUGUUCAGCCUGCACUGAUCUAACAACCUUGGGGAAUGACUCCACCCUGAUUCCAUCAUAUCUCUGAGCAUGCAUUUUGAUAUUAAUUUUUAAAGCAGGCUCUUUUGUUUCUGUGGGAACACAAGAAGAACUGCCAAUGUUUCCCCAACAUAUUAUUUAUGUUGCUUCAGCUAAAGUGUACAGUUUUUGGAUAGACUGUUUUUUUUUGUUGCCUGUUUGCAUACCUUUUCCCUUUCUUGCAUUUGUUCGGUAUCUAUAUUGUGAGGCUCUUGAAAAAUGAAGAUUUUUUUGUGUGUUUGCAUAAUAUAAAGCACUUAGCAUCAAUACCACAUGAAUAAAUAUUUAGUUCAAUAA